CCGCGUAACGUCGACAACAACGUUAACGUUCUUAUGAUCCUCCCUUGUGAUUUUAUUAAUUAACUAAUACUACCAAAUCGUAAAUCACCAACAUCGUAAUCCUUCAGUUCAUCUUGAUUUGUGAUAAUAACAAUUUGAAAGAUCAUUAAUACCUAAUAAAAGAUAACUGGUAACUAUCGAUAAUCAAAUAAAUUAACAAAAGGAAAAGUAAACGGUCAAGAUAAAUAAUUUGCAUUAAUAAUUGAAAUAAAGAAGAUAUAAACUGUUAAAAUAUAAAUAUCAGUAAUUAAAUUAGAAAUUGAUAAACAAACGAAUAAUUCAUUUUAAUAGUAAUAAUUAAUUACGUAAAUAAAACUUAACUAUAUGAUUAAUAUAUGUAUAUAAAUAUACACACACACACACACACACACGCGUGUAUACACAUAUGUAUAUUAUAUGUAGGAAGUGAAUACAAAUACGUGUACGUGUAAUUUAUAAACGAAAGGUGAAUAAGUGCGAAGUUGGUUUAGAAAUUUUUUUCCAAAUAAUAAAAACGAUAAAACAUUGAUACAAUGAGAUUAGUAUAACUAGAAGAUAACGGUGGCGAUAACAGGUCAAUUUGAUCACGAUCGAUGUCUCUCAUGGGAGAUCGUCGUAUUAAUCAUUGGAUAUAGUUUUUUUUUAUCGGAACGUGCUGGGAGAUGCUGUGACGUGUCUCUUAUCAUCUUGGUUUAUAUCGGGAUCGUUGAAGGAAAAAUGGAUUUUAGAAGGAAAAAGUUUGUGAAUUUUAAAGAGAAAGAAGCUAUGGCUAUCAUGGAAUCGAUGCUUUUAUUUGGCGAGGAUACGUUAAUAAGAUCAAAUAACAUUCCAGAAACGAGUGAUUACGAAUUGGAUGAUAGUAUUAAUGGAAUGUUCAUCAACAAUCAAAGUUACUACUCUUACAACGAUUCUCUGUCAGAAGAUUACAUCUUCGAUAGAACUGACGUUAAAGUGAUUUUCAUCUUGCUGUACACGAUCGUCUUCGUUUGCUGUCUAUUCGGUAAUCUAAUGGUAAUUCUCGUGGUGACAUUUUCUCGUCGCUUACGAAGCAUUACAAACUUCUUCUUGGCAAAUUUAGCAGUAGCAGACUUUUGCGUCGGCAUAUUCUGCGUCUAUCAAACUCUGAUAAAUUAUUUGAUGAAUAGUUGGCGAUUAGGUAACUUCCUCUGCAAAGUUUAUAUGUUCGUUCAUGCAUUAUCCUAUACGGCGAGCAUUUUGAUAUUGAUGGUAGUAUGCAUAGAGAGAUAUUUGGCAACGGUACAUCCAAUGAAAUGUAAAUCGAUGUUGACCAGAAGUCGUCUAAGAACAGUCAUUGGUAUUGUAUGGAUAAUAGCAGCAUUAUAUGCCGCACCAAGAUUUAUUUAUUUCGAAACGAUCAUCAACGAAUUGAGCGAUGGUAGCGUUGAUAUCAUUUGUGGACCUAACAUGAAGAAAUACAAGAAACACGUCCUAGACGCUGUCAACUUUAUCUUCCUUUAUCUCUUACCACUGGCAUUGAUGUCCUAUCUCUAUACAAAAAUAGCUAUCCGCCUUUGGAGAAGCGGUGCUGCUCUUGGUAGACCUGGCCUAGUAGCCAAAACUAGAAAUGGUAGAGUUCAGCAUAUUCAUACCUCUUGCAGAAAUGUUCUGAGAACAAGACGUGGUGUUAUAAGGAUGCUGAUUGCCGUAGUAGUACUUUUCGCACUUUGCAAUCUCCCACAACAAGUUCGCAUAAUUUGGCUACACUGGGGUCCAAAUUACGAUCGAACUUCUAAUUUUACUACUCUACUGACCGUAUCGACUUUCUUGAUAUCUUAUACGAAUUGCUGCCUGAAUCCAUUUCUCUACGCCUUCCUUUCGCGUAAUUUCCGUGAAGGAAUGAGAGAAAUUCCUUGCUGCAAAGGUAAAGGAAAUCGUACAGCAGGUGGAUUGGCUGUAACUGGUUGCGCCAGUGGUGAAAUAACGAGACAAGAAAAUGGGACCAACGGGAAUCACCUUCCUCACAGUUUACUUGUACGAUUAAGUUCGAUACAAGAGAGUCCUUCUACAACACAUGCCAUACCAAGAAGGAAUACUUAAGAGAAGAGUACUUAGUGAUAUUACAUAGCUGAUAUACUCAUUAAGAACAAGAAUACUAAUUUGAUUUAUGUAUCUAAAUUUACUCGACAAAAAAUUUAAUGCGACGAUUCGGAGAACUACGCUAUAGCUGUAGUUUAAUAUUUUAUUUAACAGUUUGAGAAACGUGUGAAAAUAACUUAAAAAACAAAAAGAAAGGAAAAGAAAAAACAUGUCGGCCAUCGCGUGAGAAACAACGUGAAAAUUAUUUCUAUUAUAAAAUGAUAAUAAUUUCGAGAUGAACACUGAAGAAAUGAUGAUUAAGAUUCAUUUAUAAAUCCUGUGUAGUUUGGAGGUAUUAUCAAGUCUCAAAGUUCAUGUACUCGAUGAAGUUAACCAUAGAACAACCAGAGAGAGAGAGAGAGAUCACGUCAUCGGUUUGUGAUAACGAUAAUGCAAUGAAAUUGUUACGAUCACUUAAUCCAAUUAUUUGUUGAACGAAUCGUAAAACUUUCUUCUUUGUUCCGGUUCGAAUUGAUUGAAAAUUCCUGUAAGAGCUUGUCAAUGUCGUCGCUUAAAGAGAAUACCUACUAUCAGAAAUAACUUUCCUAUAUGUUUCCUACGUGCUAGAGAACAUUUGCACGAAUAUGUAUAGAACGUAAGUACAUAUAUGUAUUCAUACGAUUUACGUAUACCAACAGCACAUUUAUCAUCUACUAUUACUUCCUUUCGAAUAUGUCCGAGUUAGGAACAAGAGUUCAAGCUUUUAUUAUGUAAAAUGUCUACCGAAUAUAAUAGAAAGGAAGAAAGGAUACAAGGAGAGAUAGAAAAAGAAGGAGGAUAUAUAUAUAUACAAGUGUGUAUAUAUCAUAUAUAUAUGUGUGUGUGUGUGUGCUUUUUAUUAAAAUUAGAUGCACCGAAAAAAUUGAAGUCCAAACUUUAAUAUCGAAAGAUCAAAGUUCCUGAUAUCUCGAUAAAUUACGUAUGUAUAUAUGUAAGAAGAUAAUAUCAGGAGACUAUGUCUCGAAAGUUUGGGAAUAGUUAAAAAACACUUGUAUCGAAAGAGAGAGAUAAGAUUAAUCGUAUUGUCUCAUCGAAUAAGAUCAUACUUCAUGUGGGUUCUGUGCAAAAGAUCGAAGUAUAAAGUGCAUAAAGAAAAAAAAGGAUAUGAGGCGUGCUUUUAAAUGGUGGAUAUGUAAUAUAUGUAGAUAUGCAUAUAUUCUCCUUCCUUUUUUCGAUUGAAAUGAAAUCUUCUUUUUAUUCGUUCGAAUCAUGCGAGUGUUAUCAGAAGUAUUAUUAAUGUGUAUGUGUGUAUAUA